AUUUCCCUUAGCAUCAUGGCUACCUUUUUUCAUAUUUAGUUUCAAAAUAAAAUAAUUUUUCAGUAAUUUAUUGAUAUUCGCAAAUUUACUGAGAUAGGAGGGUAGUAGGGUAGAUGUAAAAUGGAAAUAACAUUUUUGGGUACUGCCUCUGCUUACCCUACACCAGCAAGAGGAGUAUCAUGUAUUGCUCUUACCAGUGAUUCUUUCUGCUGGCUAUUUGAUUGUGGAGAGGGCUCGCAAAUACAAUUAAUGAAAAGCCAUUUAAAAGCUGGGAAAAUCAGUAAAAUCUUCAUUUCACAUUUACAUGGUGAUCAUGUGUUUGGUUUGCCAGGGUUAAUGUGUACAAUCAGUCAAAACAAGGGAAGAUCAGAACCUGUAGAUAUUUACGGACCUGUUGGUCUACGGAAGUAUUUGAGAGUAAAUCUACAACUAUCACGUUCACAACUAGAAUAUGAAUAUAUUGUUCAUGAAUUGGAAACACUGGAGGAAGAAUAUCCACCAGAUUGGGAGAAUUGGCCAGUAAACCACCGGUGUGAUGAAGAUCUCCACCCAAAUGAAAAGAUGGGUAGAAAUAUUUUACCAGACAAAAAUAAAAUAUUACAUUUAUAUGAAGACAGUACUGUAAUUGUUACAUCUGUAUGGACAAAACAUAGAAUACCAUCAUAUGGCUUUAUAAUAGAAGAGAAAUCUCAACCAGGCAAAUUAAAUGUAGGUAAAUUAAAAGCUCUUGGUGUAGAACCCGGUCCAUUGUAUGGUAUAAUUAAAUCAGGUCAAACAGUUACUCUAGAUAACGGAUCUGUGAUAAAACCAGAAGAUGUGUUAGGUCCAGAUAUUGAGGGAAGAAAAGUUAUUAUAAUGGGGGAUAGUGCUGAUUCCUGGAAUCUUAAACAUAUUGGUCAAAAUGCUGAUGUUUUAGUACAUGAGGCUACAUUACAGAAUUCUCUUAGUGAGAAAUGUGUUGAGAAUGGUCAUUCUACACCUGAAAUGGUUGCUAAGCUUGCUUUGUCUCUCAAUGUUCGUCAAUUAAUAUUAACACAUUUUAGUCAGAGAUAUAAACCUAUAUCAUGUGAAACUAAGGAAGGAGAUGAAUCUGUACUUAUAUUACAAGAAGAAGCAGAAAGUAUAUUAGGUAAAGAAAGAGUUAUUUGUGCCGAAGAUCUCAUGGUACAUAAAGUUCCAAGAAGAGUGUGAUCCUCAUAAUUCAUGUAUUCUCAUUGUUCACAAAUUCAGCAUUUGUAAAUUCAUUUAAGUUAAUCAGAUAAUGUAUUCUAAUUGUAAAUCAAAUUCAGCAUUUUUAAAUUCUUUAAAGUGAAUCAUUUAAGUGAAAAAGAUAACAAUAUAAGGAUCACAGUAAAUCAUCUAAUUUAAUUGUAAAUCGGGGGAAUCACGUGGCUAAGUGGGUAAGACGCUGGCUCGCUAGCCUGGAGGUCGGCUGUUCGAUCCCUGCUUUGGCCGAGAAGGUUCAUCCAGAUUUUCCGGUUCCCCCUUGUCAGUGAUGCAGGACAGAGGGCCUGACAAGGACAGCUGUCUAGUCCUUUGGAUGAGUCGAAAAACCGAGGUCCCAUGUAUACAUUGGAAUGCACGUAAAAGAUCCCUUGGCAGUUGGAAUUCGAUAUAAGAGUAGGCGAUAGUGCCGCUGCCCAGGCAAAAUUUCCCUCAUAGCACACUGUAUGACGUAUGCCUGUCUUCAUUAGCCCAGUAUAGGAGUAGGACGUUAAACCCCAUUUCAUUUCACUUAAUUGUAAAUCAUAUUUAAAGUCAUUAAGUUAACCAGGUAAGGGGUAAUGAUAUCAACUUAUCUGAUGAAGAAUCCCUGCAGAUUUAAAGAAACAAUCCAUUCAAAUAUAUCAAUAUUGCUCUUUAUGGUAUAAAAUUGUAUAAUUGAAAUUAAAUAUCAUUAAAGGCACCAGUGACAUUAUAGUUUUGAAGAAUGAAAUAUUGAUCAUUUUAUGUAUUUUGAUCUUGACAGGAAUAAGUUCCAUUUAAGAUAGUAAUUGCUGCAAUAAAAUCCUGCAAAGGAUAAGAUGUCUUGUACGUAGCUCACAGAAUAAUAUCAAAUUUUAAUUGAAAAUCAAAAACACUUUAUUUCGCCAAUGCAGAAAUACUGAUAUUUUUAUAACAUUGUUGUAAAGACUCUUGGUGUAUUACUCAACUGCACAUAUACGCAAAAUGGUGUAUAUUAUUUAGUCUUGUGUAAAUUAAUCAUAUCUAUUGUUAGUCCUCAGUCAUGACCAUAUUUUCAAUACUACAUAUUGAUAUGGUCAUUAUGUUCCGAUUAGUUUUCUCCCUUUCCUAUAUUUGGAUGAAAGGAAAACCUGUAUUCUAUCCUUGUAAAUAUAAUAUGUUGGAAGGCAAAACUCCUCCCCCACUUGAAUUGCAUACAUAACCUUAGAAAUUAAAAUUGCCAUAAUAUAUGAGUCUCAAAAUUACCAUAAUAUUGUGCUGUUAAACCUCAUUCCAAAUAGUUAUGUUGGCUCACUAACCUGGAGGUCCCUUGUUGGAUUCCUGCAUUGGUGAAGAAAGUUCAAAGGGAUUUUCCGGUGUGGUUCCCCCUUGUUAGUGGUGUAGCACAAAGGGCCUGGCAAGGGAAAGCAGUCAUUGGCACGCACCGUAAAAGAACCCUUGACAGUUGCAAUUCGAAAUAGGCCAAAGCGCCGCUGUUUGGACAAAAUUUCCCACAUAGCACACUGCACGGUGUAUGCCCAUCUUCAUUAGCCCAGUAGGAGCAGAACAGUGGUACAUUAAACUCCAUUCCAUAUGUACUUCCCGUAGAUGAGUGGCAUAUAGCAGGGAGGCCAUGGAGUCUGGGUCCUCCACUUACCAAACGCACCCAAAAACUGACUUUAACCAAAAUAUCUGGUUUAUGGGGUAUUUAACUCCAAAUUAUUUUCAGAGGGAUGUACAUCUGAUGGCCCCCUUCAAUAUCAAUUUAUUUUCAAAAUCGAAAAUUGAUGUAUUAUGAUUUAUUAAUAUAAUACUAGACAAUUAUAUAUAUAUAUAUUUAUGAAAAGUUCUUAAUCUCGUUUCGCAUCCAGUAUUACAAGGAAAGUGUCCAUUAAUAGAUUUUUAUAUUGUCAUUGUUAUCCAAUACUUACCAUUACUAAUGUUACUGCUGUAUGUAAAGUUACAACAUAUUUUACAGGUCUAUUGUACUGUAUAUAUAUAUCAAAAUAUUCAAGUCAGUUCUUGACAAUAUACAUCACAUUAUUCUAAAAUAGUGAUUCUUAAUCCAUGUUCAAAGUCCUCUGAAACAAUGUUUUUUGUUUUCAUUUUAAAAAAAUAAGACGAAAUUCGUAUACACAUACACACAAUAAUUCAAUACAAUGGUGUGUUGCCUACCAAAUUAAUAUUGCAUUGAAUUUUUAUGCAAUGUUAUAUUUCCUUUCCUGCAUGGUUACAAUGUUCGGUGGGUUGCGUUAGGGUUUGACUGCUUUGAAAAGAUUAUGAACCACUGUUCUGGAAUUUGCAUUUUGUAAAGUUGCUAAAAUAAAUAUAUAAAUCUCGUAAUAAAGAUAUGUAUCCAAAUGCACAACAAAUUUAGAAACAAGUAAGAAAUAUAAUGCAAAUGUUAAUUUCACUUUGAAUAAGACUUUUUAAAGAAUCACUUAUAACUGAUUAUCAACCUUAAAUUGA